AAAAGUAUGUAGAUAGUGGUUUGAAAUUUUAUUUUGAAAAAGGUGCUUAGUAGUCUUCAAUAUGGCAAAAUCAGAAGCCGCAACUGAGAUUGAGAAAAUGCGCGCUUUGGAAGAAAAGAUAAAGGCUCCAUCUAUAUGGGGCAGAGUGCCUUGCGGUAUACGAUUCGAAGAUUUACAAGAUACACGUUACGAAGACGCUGUUAAACUACUGAAAAAGCAUUAUCUUUCUGAAGAGAUAACAUAUCGAUCUGUAAAAAUAUUAGAUGACAAAGAAGGUACUGAUGAAUUUAUAUACAACGCUCGCAUCUGGAUGAAAGAUAAGAUAUCAAUAGCAGCGGUAAAAGAAGGAACAAAUCAAUUAGUAGGAGUAUUAAUUAUGAGAAUACAAGAUAAGAGUGCUUAUUCUCGAACAUUUAGCCGCGUGAAACUUACACACAAUCCUCUUUAUUCAAAAGUCAUGAAAUUCUAUAACGAAAUCGAGAAACCUAUAAAUCUGUUUGAAGAAAUGGGAGUCAGGCGUUAUUUAAAGUUUUACGUCAUAGCAUUAAAAGGAAGAUAUCGGCAUAGAGGUAUUGCAAAAGAAAUGUUAAAAGCGGCUAGACAGUUAGCUGCGAGUGCAAACGUGCCAGCUAUUGCGGGUAUUAUGACAACAUCCCGCGGUCAGGUCAUCGCGGAGAGCUUGGGUUAUGUGAAGUACAACGAAAUUUAUUACAUCAGAUAUCUUAUUAAUGAUCAGAUAGCGUUCUUUGAUACUGGCUUGGGAAACUAUGGUGCGGCGUUAAUGGCCUACCGUAUACCCGAUGUGGAGGAACCAGCGGAGGUUCAACCACAGCGAUCCUCGAGGUUCAAUAUACAGCCUAUAACGACAGAAGAUGAAGAUUGACAUCUAAAAGAACUAAAGUGGAAAUGAGAUACGAUUGUCUUUUAUUUCGCAUUCUUUUCUCGAAUGUGAUAGAUAUAGACGGGUUUUUAGUAAAUUAAUUGUUACUUAAAGAGAAAAAUUCAAGUACAUCUAGGAUCUUUUAACCUUAGCAGGAUAACAUAUGUUUGAGGUAAAUUAUGUGAUUGGUAAAUAUGAACAUUUAAAUGCCA